AUGGAGACGAGCAAGAAAUCGUCGCCUGAUGCCUCAGUUACGCGAACUUCUUCCAAUGGUAGCUUCAACUGGAGAACCCUGCAAGCUGUAUCGUAUUCCGAUAGUGCUACAACACGGAUGAAUCCAAGCAGCUGGAGCUCCAGGAUAUCACAGGCAGGGUCACACCACGUCGACGAAAGUGCCGAUAUAGGAGGCCUUCCGGAAAGUGCAACUGGUACACAAGGCAGGUCACUACUUAAGGACAUGAUCAUGCAGACGCGUGGUACGCUGAAUCAGGACUCGAGGUCUCACAAAGAGACGGUAGGGUUGGACCCUGGAUUAGACUGCGACAAUGCGGAGCUCUGGAGCUCAGCUCUGGAGCUCAAGAGGAGCAGUUUCGCGUAG